AUGUUCCGAGCCCGGCGAUACCGGGUUCUCCUGGUAUUUGCGGCCAUCUUUGUUCUAGCUCUUGUUCAUUUCGCCGGUUCACGAGAACAAUCCUCUGCUAGUUGGCGUGCAUCGCCGCCCGCCGAUCGUCGACCGGGGGCCUCAGCCCCGAACCCACCCGCCGUUCCUGAGCAAGCCGCCUCUCAAUCUCCGGCCUCUCCUCCGUCCGCCCAUGACUACAACCCCGAGCAAUUCUCUACCGAAGAAUCCAAGGACACUUUACCUGAUGUGGCCGUAGAGGGUCCCCCCUCGAUCUCAGCCGAAUCCCCCCAGCCAUCCGAGGAGCCUGCCACCGAGAAGGACGGGGACAACCGGAAAACCACUGGACUUGGAGCUCCAGUCAAGGGCCAAGGCAAAUUGGGAGUCGAAACACCCGCCGCAACAUGGACACGCCCACAUUGGCAGAAGCUGCCCGAGCUCUUCCCGAUUCGGAGCGAGGACAUGAUCCAAUUGCCAUCAGGUCAGCCCAAGCCGAUCCCGAAGCUGCAGGCGGAUUUCAAAGACGAAACCUCGGCCGAUAAAAUGACACGCCUCGAACGCUUGUCGGAAAUCAAGGAGGUCUUUGAGCGCGCCUGGACUGGGUACAAGACCUCCGCCAUGGGACACGAUGAGAUCAAGCCUCUGCGGGGUGGAUUCCGAGAUCCGUUCAAUGGCUGGGGUGCUACGCUGGUGGAUUCGUUGGAUACUCUCUGGUUGAUGGAUCUGAAAGAGGAGUUCUCCAUAGCAGUCGACUAUGUCAAGACGAUUGACUUCACUACCACCUCCAAGAGGAACGAAAUUCCCCUCUUUGAAACUGUCAUUCGCUACCUGGGUGGGUUGAUUAGUGCUUACGAUGUUUCGGGUCACAAAUAUGAUGUCCUGUUGGCGAAAGCCGUGGAACUGGCCGAGAUUCUGAUGGGAGCCUUUGACACCCCCAACCGCAUGCCUUCGCUUAUGUACAAGUGGACCCCAUCUCACUUGACCAGACCCCAUCACGCCGAUAAGAAGGCCAUUCUAGCCGAACUCGGCUCGCUCUCAGUGGAAUUCACACGUCUGGCGCAGUUGACCAAAGAGAACAAAUAUUAUGAUGCUGUUGCGCGCAUUACCAACGAGUUAGAGAAGCUUCAAGAUCAGACCCAAUAUCCCGGCUUGUGGCCCGUGAAGUUGGACGCCUCGGGGUGCCGCAAGAACGCCAACGCCAACGCCAACGCCAAUGCCAAUGCCAAUAUCAAUGCCAAUACUAAGGAACUCACCAAAGCUCGCCUCGAGCAGGAGUAUGCGCGCGACCGGCUCCCUGUGACUACCACGAGUGCUCAUUCUUCCAAGCCGCAUCCUACCAAGCCGGCCCCGACCGACGCGAAGAGCUACCAGGACUACUUCAAACCCCGCGAUGCGCGGUCUCUUCACGAAGAUGCUCAGCUUGCAGAGUACCCUGGAGCUGUGGCGCAAGGUCCCGGUGGCGCAGCUCUGAGCGCCCCCGAAGCGCAGUGCACCGGGGGUUUGGACACAGCCACCAUUGACAAAGAGAAGUACAGCCUUGGAGCUCUUGCCGACUCUACAUAUGAGUAUCUGCCCAAGGAGUAUAUGCUUUUGGGCGGUCUCAAUGAUCAGUACCGUUCCAUGUACGACAAAGCUAUGAACACAAUCCGUCAACAUCUGGUCUUCCAGCCUAUGAUUAAGGGCGGCUGGGACGUCCGCUUUCUGAGCACAGCGAUCAUUCCCAAGAAUAAGCCAGGCCCCACGGUCAUGGAAUACAAAGGGGAUCACCUGUCAUGCUUUCUUGGUGGAAUGGUUGGCAUUGGAGCCAAACUCUUCGGCUUGGAAGGAGAUAUGGACCUGGCUAAGCAAUUGACUGACGGCUGUGUGUGGGCGUACCAAUCUACCAAGAGUGGUAUCAUGCCCGAAGAAUUCUCCCUGGUUCCGUGCAAAAAAGGCCAGCCUUGUGAAUGGGACGAGUCGACCUAUCACACUGCUUUGGAUCCUGACAUGCUGGAGCGUUUUGCCAAGGCGCAGGAGCGGAAAGAGCAGAAGGAGAAGGAGGAGGCAGCGGCUGCAAUGCAAGCCGAGGCUGAGGUAGCUGACUUGAAGAAAAAGAAGACUCUACUGGGGAAGCGCGAGCGCGGUAACUGGCACGUCAUUGGUUUGGAAGACGAGGCCACACCGAAAAAGCCGGAACCCGAGCAACCUCCUGAAGAGGAAGAAGAGAAGGUGCCCUCGCACGAGGAGUACGUGGCGACACGUAUCAGUAAUGAGCGCCUUCCUCCCGGGGUGACGAAGCUCAUCAAUCGCAAGUAUUUGCUGCGACCUGAGGCUAUCGAGUCGGUAUUCAUCAUGUACCGUCUGACUGGCGACGAGUCGUGGCGGAAGAAGGGUUGGGAGAUGUUUCAAGCCGUCUCGAAGUACACUCGGACGGAGUUCGCCAACUCAGCAAUCGACGACGUCACCGUCACAACUCCCGAGAUGUUGGACGAGAUGCAGUCAUUCUGGCUCGCGGAGACGCUGAAGUACUUCUACCUUCUUUUCAGUGAUCCGACCGUCGUCAGUCUUGACGACUAUGUACUGAAUACCGAAGCGCAUCCUUUGAGGCGCCCGAACUAA